AUGUGGUCAAGUUCCUCGUUCAACUCCCACGGCUUUUUGAAAAAAGUCGGCCUGACCGAUGACAGUCGAGCCCCGCUCGAGGAGCGGAGCAGGGUCAACUCAAACAAGGUUAAGGAUAUUGUUUAUUUUCCGGGUCUCUUUACCUCUUUCCUCAUUACUUGUGGUGCGAAUGUGGAGAUCGAUGGCCACCCUCAGCGAAAUCCAACCCACUGCCAAGCCGAUCACCGUCGACAACGCUGUCCUUAUCCUGGCCGUCAUCUUUGUAGAGAUCCAUUGAAUAUUCAGCAUGCCAAAGCAAAUUACAGAUAUCCGUGAUUUCCUGCAAAAGGCUCGUCGAUCUGAUGCCAAGUUGGUCAAGAUCCGCAAGCGUGAUGCCCAAACCAAAUUCAAGAUCCGAUGCUCCCGCCAUCUCUACACACUGGUCGUCACUGAUGCAGAAAAGGCAGACAAGUUGACCCAGUCCCUUCCCCCAGGCUUGGAAAGAAAGACCAUCUAAAUUAACUAGAAAGAGGGUUGAAAAUCGGCUCAGGCUGCUUCUUGAAUGGUCCGUUUCGUCGCUUGUUUGGGAGAGCAUUGUCAGACACCCAAUCCACACACGCCUCUUCCUCUGAGAAUACCAAUGGGACUUCCUAGAGGAACGGUUGUAGCUAGCUAGUUAGGAAAGGUACAUAGUUCAGUAGCUGAGAAACUGACUGAAUCGAAUCGCCCCGAUGACCGGAUAGAUGUGCAUCUUCCAUUUGGAAGUACCGAGGAGCGGGUCUGCCUCUUCGUAAUCACAAGUGUGGUUCCAUCGCCCAAGGUGCCUUUUCACCAUUCAGAGAACCUCCACCUGAAGUCCUUGGCAGCUUCACAAAUUAGAAACGAUCAUUCCUUGGAGCUGACUACAAGCUACGGUUUAAGAGAAAAAAUGGUCAAUCAAACAGUUCGGGUCACUGAGUUGGACGUCAACAAAAUCAUGGUAGGAGGUUUCCGCCCGCUCAGCCAGUCUGAUUUGUCUGUACCGCAGUGCGCCGGUUGUGGCCACGGAGUCGUCCUUCAAUUGGUCGUCAACUCCAUUAAAACUUAGUCCUCAGUCAACUUACGCAUGGCAUUGUCGCUAAAAGCAAGAAAGCAUGUGGGUUGUACAGAACUGGCUGACAUUCCAAGCAACGUUGGCGUCGGACGGAGCCUCAGAAACCUCAAGCUUGCUGAGGUACCUCAGACACGAUCUAUCUGAUCAUCGAGGAAGGCUCCUCGUGAUACAUACCGUAUCGUACUACCGUACUUCUUAGAGCAAGUCAUUUCCUUCUCAGGGAACCGAAGAGACACCUCUCAGACUUGCUAUGUCACAAUCCUGAAGGGACCCUCACCUGGGUUUGCAACCUACAUUUUGCAACCUAGACUGCUGUAAUUGUUUUGCUAGCUGGCGGUGUGGAUACAUCAGUCAACCCCGUGUUGGUACUAGCUAGUACAUUCAACCAGAUGACCAAACCACGGGGAUAGUUUCC